AUGGAGAGCCACGUUGAAGAGAAUCAAUAUUCUACAGCUGAUGAAGUGAUGUACGAAAUGAAGGCACUACCUUCCAGUCAAGAGCCAGAGCUACAGUGUCAAGUACAACCUCAACACAGCAAGAAAUACACUGAAGACAAAUGGUUGCUUUGUAUAAUUGCAAUAGUGCUAGUGGUUAUAUUGGUGCUGCUUAUCAUUUUAGUGUUUAUGUGUGGCUUUUUAAUAUCACAACCAUCUCCUGCUGAAUGUAGCACUACUGCUACCGGUGCUGCAGUUGCUGGUCUGACUGCUACUGACAAUCAAAUGUGUCAGCUGUGUAAUGAAACUCUCAUUCACUUUGCUCAAGAAAUUCGUAAAAGCAUUGGUAAUAUUGUCAAUGGAACAACUAACAGCACCCAAUCUUUGGUCCAGGGAAGCAUUGAACAAUUGGCCCUUCUAGUUGAUAUUGCUCAAGAAAUCAACAGGAAUGUCAACAAUGCACACUAUGGUACUAAUGAAAUCCUUUCUCAUAUUACUAAUGUCACUCAUAUUAAUAAUUUUUGCUUUAGUCGUAUUGUUAUAGCAGAAGCAACAAUGGAACGUCUUGUUGAAGAAAGUCAAUCUUCUACAGCUGAUGAAGUGAUGCAUGAAAUGAAGGCACUACCUUCCAGUCAAGAGCCAAAGCUACAGUGUCAAGUACAACCUCAACACAGCAAGAAAUACACUGGAGACAAGUGGUUACUUGGUGUAGUAGCAUUAGUGCUAGCCGUUUCUUGUACUGCAAUGGGAGAUGAAAGCUAUCAGUCCGUCCAACCAAUGAGUUUAACAAGAGAGAAUGAAUAUGAACUGGCUCAUUACAGUAAAGGAGAGAUAGAGCCUCAGCCUCAUAUUGUAUCUGAUAGUAAAUCAUCCCAUCAGUUUUGUGUUGAAGUCACUAAGGACACUGCCAGUAAUAUUCCUAAUCACACAAUAUGUCUUCGAUCAGUUUUCACUGUCACUAACCUUCUGCCGUACGGCUUUCAUUUCUCCUUCAAGUCAAAAGAGAAACUUAUACCAUCAGGAAAAGAAGUGGCCAUUCACAAUGUUAAUUCUCUGAGGCCUGUAACCUUCUCUAUCAGUAAAUUAGAGUCGUUUGAAUUUUCUGACAAGUGCACUGUCUCCAUUACUGAAGUGGGUGUGGUCAAGUCGCUGAUUGUUCGUGAUAAGGCAAAUUGUUCACUUAAUCUUCAUGUUAACACUGAGCUGAUGUCUAAAGGAUCAUUGAAAGUGGUUAUUUGGUGUCCCUAUUGGUUGAUCAAUAGGACUAGUCUCCCGUUGGUGUUCACGUCACAGGGAGACAGCAGUGGGGGAAAGUGUGCUGGCCAGUUUGAGGAGCAUGAGACAGCUACAAGCAUGUCACCUCUUCUCUUCUCUUACUCUGAAGAUGAUCUGCUACAAAAGUGUCAGGUUCGUUUGGGCAGGGGACAGGAUGAGGGGGUCCCCAGUUGGUCCAACGGCUUCCGCAUGCUAAGAGAUGAAGACGUCCUUCGCCUGUUUGUUAAAAGAGGCCAAGGAAGACCAGACAAAGAGUAUCAGAUCGGUAUGGAGGUAAAGAAAGGCACUGGGGUCUACAAGCCGACCAAAGUGGUGACGUUUGUUGCCAGGUUUCAACUAGAGAACAGGACAACAUUCAACUUGAAGUACCUCCAGAGACACCUCGUGUUUGCUAAGGAUGAAUCAUCAUCAGACUCUGUGCCGGUAAUAGCUCCAGGAGCUGUGAUGGCCUUUCACUGGCCUAGAGCUGACUUAGAUCAGCUAUUGUGUAUCAGAGUUGUGGAGCUUUCAGAUUGUCAUUGGUCUGGAGGUUUCCCAUUAGAACAAGAUAAAUCAUUUCACAUCAACAUGAGGUAUUAAC